CGUUUUCCUUAAGCAAGCGUGCUAUUAACUGUUAGCCGACGCUGCUGUGAAAUAUAACGUUUUUGUGUCUAGACUUUCUAUGCAGUUCAUCUGAACCCUGUUUGUAACUUUUUUAAUCGAUAAGAUGGAGCCUCAAAUGCUCGUUAACCAAGGACUCAGCGAGAGCGUUGCUCAACGUGUUUCUGAAAUCUUUGCUUUGGGGAUUCUUUCUCCUGAAGAACUCGAUGACAGAGCGUUCGAAGCUCUUCGCGAAUUCAAUCAAGACGGCGCUUUGGAAGUGUUAGAUCAAUUUGCGAACAGUGACUUAUCUCAUGUGCAAAAUAAGAGCGCUUUCCUUUGCGGAGUGAUGAAAACCUACGUCACAAAGUCUUCUACGACAGGCGCUGAUACCUCUAGCAACCAGGGAGCGCCCAGUAAAGCCGACGAAGGGAAGAUAAAAGCUUUAUUAGAGAGAACUGGUUAUACGUUAGAUAUCACCUCGGGACAGAGGAAAUAUGGAGGUCCACCACCUAACUGGGAAGGUCCUGUACCCGGGACAGGUGGUAGUGAAGUAAGUAAAAUUAUUUUUCUAAUACCGAAGGUACCUAGCCUUACUUGGAAUUGAAGCAUGAUGUAAGUCUAACUGUCUAUGUCGAUGAAAUAUUUGUAGCUGCAUGUAUUUGAGAUAAUUCAAUCGGGUUCUAGCAAACAUUACCCUCUUGGAUUCAAUUAUUCGCUUGAAAAAAUAAAAUCAUCAUCGGUAAUUUUUUAAAGAUUUGGAUAAUUUAGUGAGAAGUUAUAUUAAUUUUCAAGUUAUAAGCAUGCUAGUGAGUUUAUUCACACAAAUUAUUUAAUAUUUGUGAGUUAUGAAAGCUCGGUUGAUUUUGAAGACUCACUAAAUAAGGAAUUAUACUGGAACAUGCAUCCAAGAAAAAUACCUAAAAGAGAGGACAUAACACAUGUAAGGCCAUAUUAUAAGGAUAAACCUGUUAAAUGAAUGGCUGCAUGAAAUUUCCUUUAAUGACAUAUACAAAUGGUUAUGAAAUCAUUUUUUAAAGAUGGUUGCCUGCAGAUCACUGCAGAUCUCCUUUAUGACAAGAUAAAAUCAAACCGAACAAAUUCAAAUAACUCAUAAUGGAGGGAAUUUCUCAGCAAACUUCCUUUUUUGACAAACUCAAUCAAACCAAACAAGUUCAAAUGACUUACAUGAGUGAAGUGAAACUGAUCUAUUUGCAAAAUUAUUGUCCUACAGAAAGGCUGCUGUCAGGUUUUUGUUGGGAAGAUCCCACGUGACUGCUUUGAAGAUGAAGUAAUCCCACUCCUCGAAGAAUGUGGUCAGAUUUAUGACUUCCGUCUCAUGAUGGAACCUGAAUCUGGACUUAAUAGAGGCUAUGGAUUCUGUACAUAUGCAACUAAAGCUGGUGCACAGAGUGCAGUCAAGAAACUUGACAAUAAGGAAAUUCGACCUGGCAAGAAGUUAGGAGUCUGCAUUUCAGUGGCAAACAACCGUCUCUUUGUUGGAUCCAUUCCAAAGAGCAAGACCAAGGAAGAAAUUUUGGAGGAAUUUGGAAGAGUCACCUCUGAUUUAACCGAUGUCAUUGUUUACUUGUCUUCAGAGCAAAAAGGCAAAAACAGAGGCUUUGCAUUCUUAGAGUAUGAAAGCCACAAAGCAGCUGCACUGGCAAAGCGACGGCUUCAGAGUGGUAAGGUUUAUGUCUGGGGAAUGGCUGUGGCCAAGGUUGAGUGGGCUGAUCCACAGGAAGAGCCUAAUGAUGAAGUUAUGGCAAAGGUUAGUAUAUGAAAAUGAAUUUGGCUACUUAGUAAUCAAUCAAAGGUAAUUUUGUUUUUAUAUCAGGUGAAAAUCUUUUUUCUAUGAUCACAAGGAACAUUUUAUAAAAAAAAUUGAAAAUCAGUAACUUUCUGUAAUGAUUCUUAAUUUAGAUUGUCUCAUCAGUCCCUGGUUACCAGAAAGAAAAAAAAUUCUGCUAAAUUUUAAGCCUGCAUAUUUCAAGCAUUGUUUUAGUGAUUCAUGGAGAAGUUGUUCAGUUUUUAGAAGAGCCAUUGUCUUUAGUAAGAACAAUAAAAAAAAAAAUUCAAAGCAAAGUACUGGUGGAUGAGAUGUUUUCUCCAUGGCAGAAGAAGAUAUGAUUUCAUUUUAACUUAACCAUGGUUUAAAUUUUUUACUUUUGUAGCUGUUAAAGAGAUGAAACAUGCCUGACCUCUUAACUCUCUCAAUCCCUUGUAUAGGUGAAGGUGGUGUAUGUCCGAAACCUGUCACCUGUCAUCACAGAAGAGAAACUACAAGAAGAGUUUGGCCAGUUUGGAACUGUAGAAAGAGUUAAAAAGCUCAAAGAUUAUGCCUUUGUUCACUUCACAGAACGCGAGGAUGCAUUGAAUGCGAUAAACGCACUAGACCAACAGAUGUGGGAUGACAUUUCUAUAAGUGUGUCCCUAGCAAAACCACAACCAGCAAACAGGGACAGUAGGCGAAGAGGAGGCCCUGGAAUGGGGCAAGGUCCUCGUGGAAACCAACUAAGAGGUGGAGCACCCAGAGGGCGAGGUCGUGGCCGAGGGGGAUAUGACCAAGGGUAUGAUAACAGUGGUGGGUAUGGCCAAUAUGGAGGUUAUGAUAGUGGAAGCAAUUAUGACAGCUAUUAUGACGAUGGUAGCUAUGGAGGAGGUGGGUAUGGUGGUGGUUAUGGUGGUGGGUAUGGAAAUGAAGGAUAUGGUGGAGGAGGUUACUACAGCCAAGGUGGCUCAAGAGGUGGGCCGAGGGGGUCACGUUCCCGUGGUGGUCCAGGUGGGCCAAGCAGAGGUGGACCUCGUGGCAGCAGUGGCGGUGGUGGCUUUGGUCGUGGAGGCAGGGGUGGACGUGGUGGUCCUCCUAGAGGAAGGGGUGGCAGAGGUGGAGGUGAUGGUGGCUAUGGUGCGCAGAAGCGUAAGUUUGGUGGUGAUGGUGCUUAUCAAGGCUCAGCUGGUGGCUACUCAGAACCUAAGAGGCAGUACAUUGAUUACAACCAUCAGUAUGGGCAGCAGGACUCCCAGCAAGAGUGGGGUGGUGACUACAACUACAGUGACCAGGGUGAUCAACAGUGGUACCAAGACUCCUGGUCGCAGCAGCAGGGAUGGUGAAGUGAUCCUGUAUUUGCUGAUUGGCAGCCAUUCAACUUGUCCAACCAGAUUCAUGUUGAAUUGAUCCAAUUGUGUCAUCAUUUUGUUUGGAGCCCAAUCAUUUCUUUCUCUGAUUGGUUUGGAUGCUGCAUCAAACAUAAAGGGAAAAGGCUUUUUCGAUGUUACAUUCUCUGUAUCAUUUUGUUUUUUAGCAAAAAAGAAGAAAUUCUUUCAUAAUCUGACUGAGUUCAAAACUUAAGGAAUCAACUAUCUUUUUUGAUCUUGAGUUACUAGGUAAAAGAGGAGAUUGUGUUGCAAAAUCUGUGGUGUUUCAUAUAAACAUUCGUAGUUCUUCCCAAAGUCUAUGAGCCUUGUCUAGUUCUGCUUUUCAAAUUCAAAUUUUUACAUUUUAAUCUUCAUUCUUUUGAACUUAGUAAAUAAAACUUCAAGUAUUGUUCAAAAAUACCGGUAGACUUAGAAAUAGACAUCUAAAGAAGAUCUGCAAUCCAAUGAUUGAUCGAGUGGGUUUGUUUAACAAUCAUAUAAUCUUGAACUUAAAUAAAAUUGCUUAUUCAAAAUUAGCCAGUAAAACCAGCUGGGUAUAAAUUGUAUGUUGUCAUUCUGUCUCCAAAAUGAAGAAGAAAUUCUGUGGGAAAUUGCAGUUGUAGUCAAAAGAUAGAAAUGAACUUUGAAACAAAAAUAAUAUAAUGUUGAAAUUGCAUCAGAAAAUUUUAUGAGCAAAAACCAUGGAUAAAUUAUAUCUGAAGUUGAGAAGGUCCAAAAGGAAUUGUGUCAAAAAUUGUAUGAAAAAAAAUUGUGAAAUGGUGACUGGAAAUUUCUUAUAAAAAAUGUGACAAUUUCCAGUUGAGGUACGACGCUGGCAGGCCAUUGUGGUAAGUGCAAUAUUGUGAUACUUGUGUUAGUAGCCUAGAGCCAAGUCUGUGUGGCAUUUAUUGGUGUGACUUAAGAACACUUCAAACUUUGUUGCAUUAGUAGGGUGGGGUGGGGAAAGGGGGUCAACAAUUUCAACCAGAAAAGGACUACGCAGCAUGAGUGAGCCACUUAAGGUUUCUUUUUGGACUUAUUUUACUCUUGAGACCUCAUCAAUCAAUGCUACAAGUGAGUGCAGAGGGUGUGAUUGAUACUGUCAAGUUGUAUUUGAAAAUUCUAGUGUUUAGGCUCCUCUCUAACUCGGACUGUCCUGUACUAAAUACCAAAUUUUAAGUUUAAGCAUGCCGGGUAAGGCAACUGGAAACGUCAAAAGUGAACCUAGACUCACUCUUACAUCAAUCCCAUCGCCAACGCUUCAGAAGAAUAACAGAAAACUUUAUCUUCACGACUUAUGCGAAUAUUUUCGCUCUAGUUUUUAAUUGAAGUCAUUUUUGAUGAUCAAGCGAGUUCGUAUGAAAUUAUGUCGCGAGUGGGCCUAGAGAAGAAAAUGACCUGUUACCUCAGGUUAACUUUAGCCAAAUGAAACUCGUGGCAGUAUGAACCGAACAUCGUGAACAUUGGUUAGAACAAGAGAAAUGAUCGUCUCUUAUUUCUAGCCAAGCGUAAACACCUAGCUUGAAAAACUUCCGCACGCAUCGUAAGGCUGAAAUUCGUUGUAUUGGGAGCAAGUAGCCUGGGACUAAGUUCUUGAAUAGGAAUUGUCCUGAUGCGCGCAUCGUCCGGUCUCAUCAAUCAACUCUCUCCUAAUAAAAGAGACGUGUGUGCGCGAGGGGGGGGGGGGAUUAGAGAAGGUUUCGACGCUGCCGCAUUUGUUUUCGCGCCAGUUCCUGCAAAACGAACAUAGCCUUAGGCUGGAAAUUGAGACACUUCAAGUGAAGGUUACUUAGUCAACUACAAUUUGUUCCCAAGAGUUUCCCUCAUGUCAGAAUUGGAGUGUUUCGACCGACUUCGGUGCUGAACGUAAACUGAGAUUUUUAUGGGAGGUUUACUACUUAGUUAAGCCUUGUCUCGAGAAUUUCUCACUUGAAAAUCAGUGAUGGACAUGCACCGUAUCCCUUCACUUCCAAAGAAAAGUACAAGACAGCCCCUCUUUCGAGAUACCGAUGUAGGGAACUUUUUUUUCUUCAAAGAUACAAGUUUUGCUUCUAGUCGAAAAAGACUCGUGUAAUCUUUAUAUCUGGUAGAACCGGUGCUGAGGGGGCGUUUGUAUGGAGCUUUCACUAUAGUUGACCACUUGUUGUCCGUUUUUUUUUUCUUUUUUCAUUGUUGUUUAUUCUUAUUCGCUUUAGAGACAAUUUACUGUGACGGGACUUGACAGAGUUGGACAGGAACGAAGGACCGACUGUUCUCCUCUACGAUGCUGUUAUCUUUAAGGGACACGUCCUUCUAUAUCAAAGGAGGGAAGAGAGAUUCUAGUAGUCUAACACUAUGGAUACCGGGUGUCACGAACGCCAAAAAACGUUCGAUUGUGCAGUGAAAAUCCCUCGUAACAAUCUCUAGCAAAGUAGGAGAUCAUUUAAGUGUCAGCACAGACAGUUGGCUUCUCACCUGUGCUGGAUGAACUUAGCCGGUAUCGGUUCCCACCAAAAAUGGUAUGCGAGGAAUAUCCCUCGCGUAGUGCAGUGUUAAUUACGGGCUACAGUUGGCUGUCAUUCGUGUAAAAUCAUAUUAUGGUAUGCGGAAGGCUUUAGGCUGGUUUUCACUCACGAUGAAGUCAGAGUCGGAGCCUAAAUCAGAAGCGCAGAUUGAUACGAGCCAUGAAAAUCAAACCGACAGUAAAGGAAGGAAAAUGUCGAUGGCGCUUACGACUCCUUGCUCUUGUCAGAGUCGUAAGCGGAAAACUCCAGUGAGAGGGCCUGAGAACUGGCAAUUUGUUUGAUAGGUUUUUCCGCUUCUGCUUUCGACUCCGACAAUCUAAUUUUCAUAAGCGUCGGAGUCAUAGUCGGAAUCGGAAGAAAAUGAAACCGUUCUAAUUCUUCGGACUCCGAUUUCCAGUUUUCACAAGGUCGAUUCCGUCGCCAGUAGAAACCAGCCUUUAGGUUUCACAGUAAGCAUCAUGUCCGACUUGAAUCAAAGGGUAGCGCUCAAUGAGGUAUUAAUGAUAAAUGUUUUUACGGUGGAUUACUUUCUUUUGCAGGUAGUUACAUUCACGGCGUUUUCAGUAUUGAAAGAAUCUUUCUUUCUUUCUUUUUCAUCCGUGCGACUCAGUGGAUCCGUUUAUUUUGUUUGGUAAUUUGUGUGCGUACUGAUGUCUAAUGGCUUGUGACGUUCUUUCAGUUAAUCUUUUUUGUAGCUUUUCUCUACUUGUUUUUUUGUUUGUUUGUUAACGCGAAAUUAGCUUUCUAGAAACAUUAUCACAGAAAAACAGGAACUUAGUGGGCGGGCCAGACCCUCUUCUCGUGGGAAGAUAUGGUUUCGGAACCCAAGCCAGGCUCACUUAAAGAGGGCUGGUUUGCACGUUUGGUGCCAGUGUAACUUAAACCAUGUCUGCUCUCGCUUCGGUAGCGAUGGAGCGGUGAUGGAAGCCGGAUCCGGCAGCUAGAAUGCGCCAUUGUAUUCCCGUAACUAUGACGUGUGGCAGAGGAAAAAGCCAUCAAACGUUGUUUAAAACAAGGUAGACAACGUAAACUCCACUGAAAGAGGGAGAAAUUACGAUUUUCACUUAUGUGGAUAAUUGUAGAAAGCAGUCUCGUGGGAAACAAAUUUAUGAGUCUUUAGAGGUGAAGACCUCUUUGAUGUUUUUGAGAAAGGAAAUGAUAUUAUUACAAAUAAAGGAAUUCCCAAAAUAAAAAACGUUUUUGUGUCAACUGAAUCAUCAGAAAGGGCUGGCUAAGCAAUGAACUUGGCACAGUGUGCUACUCCUUUAACUUGGGAAUGAAACAGAAUUGUUGUUCAUGUUUAAACGCACCAGUUUGACGGUCGGGUGAGCGGUGAGAAAGAGCACUGUCUUCCUGCUUUUGAUGUGACUUAUCAGGUGUGACUUGCGUGACUUGACGUGACUUGUCUGGUGUGACUUGAUGUGACUUGUCAGGUGUGAUUUGUGUGACUUGAUGUGACUUGUCAGGUGUGACUUGAUGUGACUUGUUAGGUGUGGGCUUAAGAUGAAUUCUUAGAAAGUUUGAGUUCUGCAUGAAAUUCUUUUCUACCCACGCCUGCAACAAAAUGUAGACGGUUUCAAUGAAAACGACAUUUCCAAAAAUUCCAUUCACCACAAGGACAACGUACAUCUAAAAGGGUUCAUUUUCCGCUCUUUGAUUGUGACAUCGUGAAAAUUACUGUGUCGGGUGGUGUCAGAUAAAUUCCUUGGAUAAUUGAUUCCAGAGUUUACAUAACAGUGAUAUGUAGGGAAAACUUCAAAGGAUAAAGUGACUGAGUUAAUAGGAUUAUGAAAAAAACUCCUAAUACAAGUUUUGUGAAAAGUUGACAGCAGUAAACAAUGAAAAGCUUGUAUCCAGUUGGUGUUUGGUUCCCUUUGUCGCGCGACUGGUUUUCAGGAUUACCGUUACGAGUGCUUGACGACGGUUGAUCGACUGUAGGUCCCACUAUUUGGGGGUAUGUAGCAAAAAUUGUAAGUGACGAAAUUGAUGAUCACGAAGCCACAGACAGAAACACCGUAUUUGGUACUGCUUCCGGUAUAGGUGGAAACAUUUACCACGAACGAGGUGAUUGUUUUCACUCUUCGCUCCACUGCAACAGGAAUCAAACCUGGAUUCGGCGUUUUUCACUACGGCAAUAAUUCCAAGGAAUAUUGCACCGAUCGGGAGCCAACGUAAAACUGCGACAUGGCUAAUUUUGUUGAACGUUUUUUGGGCGGAGGUAUCCCUUGAGAAUAUCCAUUGUUAAAUACUGUUUUGUAUUUUAACCCCUGUAUUCGUUUGUAUGAAAAUCGCUCUACAGCUCUAACUUGGGUUGUGGACUUCACGUUACUCAUUGUUUCAGAAUCUAAGUUUAUCUAUAGAAGAAAACAACUUUUAGUGGGAAAUCUAGAAAUGGAAAACUCGCGAAAAUAACCUCGUUGCAACAAAGUAAGCGGUUAGACAACAAGCGAUGCACUGUGGAAGUAAGGUGACGUGUUUUUAUUGAGAAUUUGACUGAAUUUUUACUUCCUAAGAGCGGUCGUAAAUAUUCCCAUAAAAACUCUUAUAAUUUCGCUGUGACUGGUACUUCGCGAGAUGAUCAUCUCACAGCUGGAGCUUGGGCUUGUGAUCACUGUUAAAAUUCGAAAUGCCCCAGGCUCUGUCUUAGUUUGAACCGACAGCCGAAGUUACAACCGAGUGGAUAUCGAUUGAAGGAACCUGUUUACUCUUGAGGUCCACCCCACAGAUAUCAUUCAAACACGUUCGCAGACCACGUUGUCUGGGCGUCCAAGCAUCGAAGAUUCUUAACGCUGUGACAGUAAUUUUACAAAUCGAACUUGCGAUGGAAUCAACGCAAGAACUAUCAGAAGACGCGCAGACACUUGUGGGCCAAGGGUUGAGCCUUCGAGUGGCUCAGCGAGUCAGUGCGAUCUUUGCUACGGGUGCGUUGCUUCCCGCCGAACUGGAUGACAGAGCUUUAGAUGCUUUACGAGAAUUCAACGAAGAUGGCGCCCUUGAAGUGUUAGAGCAGUUCGGAAACAGCGAUCUGUCUCAUGUGCAAAACAAGAGUGCUUUCCUCUGUGGAGUAAUGAAGACAUAUCGCGAGAAAAACCGACAGAAGGCUCACGGACAAACACCCGGAAACGAAACCUUGAGUGGCCCUGACGAAGAGAAGAUCAAAGCUUUGCUUGACAGCACAGGGUACACUUUGGAUAUCACUACUGGACAACGGAAAUAUGGUGGCCCACCGCCAAACUGGGAAGGUCCUCCUCCUGGGACAGGCAGCGAGGUAAUUUAAUAAAUAAUUUCAGUCGCGCUUGCCAUAAUUUAGUAGACAAUACGGUCUAUGGUCGUUUAGCCGGCGUGCUAGUUCGCCGACUUCCUCUUGGUUGACCACUCGGGUCACAUUGCCGACGAGUUUUGUCUGCUUCGCCGACUAUAAGAUCUCAAUAGUCAAUCGUAGAUAUUGUUAACGAUUAACGGAAUUCAGUAAUCAUUUAUAAACUAAACUUUUUCGUCGUGAAGAAUUUUCUUUCCACCCUUCAAUCGCAAGAAGUUUGUUUGUGAUUUUCGGUCUGCCGUUAAUAGCUAGAUUAAACUGUCGAGCAACGAACUUGUUAGGCAGAUGGAAAACAUAUUGGUAAACUGACUCGUCACAUACUGUUUUUUCAAGUAUCUGUUGCAUGGAUGCUCAGUUACCCCCCUCUCUCUCUCUCUAUAUAUAUAUAUAUAUAUAUAUAUAUAUAUAUAUAUUUUUUUUUUUUUUUUUUUUUUUUUUUUGUUUUUUAUUUUUGAUAAAAUGUGCGAACGUACCUUAAAAGAGAGAUAAAAGAAUUCGUGUAAGUUGGCAAACCGAUCAUAGCACGUUGAAGAAUUGACUUUGGUUAUCAGCAGAGUGGAUGCUAGUGAACUAGUACUGAAAUUUAUUCAGCUUCCUUUUUUUAUAUAUUAUUAUCUGUAAAAUGCACAGGUUAAAAUGAGAUGAAAUUUUUCAUUAAGCUUACUAGUAGCCAAAAUUGGUAUACAUUAUAUAAUUAAAUAUUUGUAUAUUUUUUCAUUGGAUCCACAGAAAGUUUGCUGCCAAGUGUUUGUUGGCAAGAUCCCCAGAGACUGCUUUGAAGAUGAACUUAUUCCUGUUUUGGAGGAGUGUGGCAAAAUCUAUGACUUUAGACUUAUGAUAGACCCUCUCUCAGGUCAGAACCGAGGCUAUGGCUUUUGUACAUAUUCUUCUAAAGAUGAGGCACAAGAUGCCACCAAGAGGCUAGACAAUAAAGAAAUCAGGCCUGGCAGAAGGCUUGGAGUUUGCCUUUCUGUAGCAAACAACCGUUUGUUUGUGGGCUCUAUACCCAAGAACAAGAAUAAACAGGAGAUCCAGGAAGAGUUCAGUCAAGCUACAACAGGACUGACUGAAGUUAUUGUGUACAUGUCAGCAGAAAACAAGUCCAGAAACAGGGGAUUUGCUUUCCUAGAGUAUGAAUCUCACCAGGCAGCAUCUCUUGCUCGGCGAAGACUCUCUAGUGGGAGAGUGAAAGUGUGGGGUAAUAUUACCCCAACUGUUGACUGGGCAGACCCACAGGAAGAACCUGAUGCAGAUGUCAUGUCCAAGGUUAUUAUGCAUUUUUUUAGAUUUGAAUCUCUAGGAAAUAUUUUUCUUUUAAACUAAAGGCACAAGUGCUAGUGUAGCCAGGGUGUGUUGGGUGGAAGAGAGGAAAGGAAUUCAAAUGCAAAGUGGUCAAGAUUUCUCUUUUUCUCUUUGUUGCAUAUUGUUCAGGCAAGCUUGCUAGAUAGGAGUUCCAUUGACUCUUAAAAAGGCACUGGCACAAGAGUUCCUUUACAAAAAAUUCUGGCAUGAGGCACUAAUGGAAAUUUAAACUUUUGUGCAAAACAAGAAAACUUGGUUUUGCUGUUGAGUGAGAGAAUCUUGAUGAUUGUUAUGCAGAAAAGCAAUAUAUUUUUCAUUGGUCCAGUUUUGUAUAGUUGUCAGGGGAUACAAGUUAGAAUAAUUUUACAUGUAGUCAAUCACAGUAAGAAGCCCAUGUCUCUGAAGGGGUAAGGCCAAACUGUAACACACUUUUAGGGACCUUUACCUCGAAAUUUGUCAUCUUAAGAAUGGCAUCACUGUUUGAGAUGAUGCAAAGAAAUUUAUAUUUCCUUGAGAAUGUUGCUUACACUGAGAGUGUAAGUAGAAUAUGAACUGUUUGUCUCCAAAGGUUGUUGGGUUGAAUAAUUUCAUAUUUUUUGAAAGAUUCAUAUUCUUUGCCUGUCAUUAUUUCUGUUUAAUGACAUUUUUUAUUGCUUUGGGUAUUUUGGUUUUUGUCUCCUCUUGUGUAAGUUUUUCCCAUUGCUUAUUAUUUAUGUAUUCAUGUGAAAUUAAUGAUUAUGGUUUGCAGGUUAAAGUUGUUUAUGUCAGAAAUGUGACCCCAAAUGUCACUGAAGAGCAGCUGAAGGAAAAGUUUGAAGAAUUUGGCACAAUUGAAAGAGUUAAGAAACUCAAAGAUUAUGCCUUUAUCCAUUUUGUGGAACGUGAAAAUGCAAUUAAGGCUAUAGAAGCAACAAACAAUUCUACGAUGGAUGGAGUAACACUAGAGGUGUCUCUGGCCAAGCCUCAGCCAGCGAACAAGGACAGGAAGCGUGCGGGGCAGUCUGGAUAUGGUUCCAUGAAUGCUGGUGCUCGAGGAUCCCGUGGAGGUCCACGAGGUGGAGGCCCUCCUGGGCGUGGUCGUGGCCGUGGAGGGUAUGGUGGGGGAUAUGGUGGUGGAGAUGGGUAUGGCGGAUACAGUGAUGGAUACGAAAGAGGUUAUGAAGAUUACUACGAAGGUGAUGGGUAUGGCUAUGGUUCCAGUGGAGGUUAUGGUGAUAGGAGUUACAGUGACAACUGUUAUGAUGAUUACUAUGGUGGUGGUAGUAGUGGCAGUGGAUAUGGUGGUUAUGGUGGCUAUGAUCGCUACAGUGAGAAUCCAAGAGGUGGUCCUCGUGGGCGCAGUGGCCCACCUCCCCGUGGAGGUCGUGGUGGCUUUACAGGAAGAGGUGGUGAACGAGGGGGAAGAGGAGGUCCCCGUGGUGGUCCACCCCGUGGUGGAAGAGGUGGUCCUCCAAGGGGUGGACCCAGAGGUGGAGGAGGUGUUGCCCCUGGUAAAAGGAAGUAUGGUGCUGAUGCUCAGGCAACAGUUGAGUACCCUGAGACCAAACGCAGAUACAUGGGUCAGAACCAGUCAGGAGGAGGAUGGGGAAGCCAGCCAAUCGCUCAACAGCCACUGUACAACGAAGGUGGUUAUGGUAACCAAGGAUCAAACCAGGAGUGGUAUAGCGACAGUAGCUGGCAAGGAUGGUAGACCAGUGGGAGAUAUUUUGGCUUACAACUGAUUCUGAUUUGGCAACCUAUUACACGGCCUUUCUUUGUCUGUUUCGGUUUUUAAGUUUGAAAUGAGGGAAAUUCAACAUUCUGUAAAUAGAGCUGUUUGGCUUGUUCUAGACUUGUCUUGUUGAUGAUUCAGUUUGGAAGCAGUUAAACAAUUUGAUCUGUGUGGCACCAAUACCUGAGGCAUUUUAUUUUUACAUGUGAUUGGACACAGCUCUCUUGAAAGAGUUUUUAGAUUCUUUUAGUUCAAUAUAAACUAUGCUGAUUGCUUUUGGAUGUAGCAACUUUUAGGUGAUAUGGAACCACUGUACUGAUUAUUUCUGCUUUUUAGCAUAGUAAAGUUCAUUGCUAUUAGUUUUUUUUAAGUUAAAUGACAGAUUGCUUUUGGAAGUUGAAAUGGCAAUGCCUUUUGCUUAUUGAAUGUUCAUUGUGAUUUGGUCAUCAGAAGGCAACCAUACUGUUUGGGCUUGUAAAGUUGUUUGAUUGAAGUCGUUAUGAAAAGAAUUAAAACUGCUAAUAAAACACAUGAUCUAAAAUGGCCUAGCAAGAAAAGGCUGGCUAAAAUGUAAGUGUCAAGUUAUUGAUUGUUCAAAAAAAUUCCCAUUGAAUUCACCCAAAGUUGAUAAAACUGAAAAUCAAUCUUGAUUGAAAAGUGAGAAUCGUACAUUUCUUGACAUGGGAAGGUGAGUAUUGAGACCUGACAGGUCUCUUUAUUCUAUUUUUGUUUGUUUGUUUGUUUGUUUGUUGUAGUUGUUGUUGUUUAUCUUGUCACUUUUGUGUUACUUUGAUUCAUCCUUUUUUUUUCCUCUGGGUGGUUCAUUAAUUUCUUCUAGGUACAUUGUCAAUCGCCAAUUAAUGUUGACCAUAAGAUUCAUCC